CUGUUGUUAGUCGUUAGACAGGCAAAGAGAAGAGUCAAAGAGACAGAAAGUAAGAAAGAAAGCACACGGCAAGUAUUUCGAGGAGGACCUUCACUUCUCUUACGAUCCGAUUCUAGGGAAGAAGACGAUGGAGAACCAAAGCGGCGACCACAAGAUUGAUGAAGCCAAGAAACAGGAGCCAAAUCUGACCUCGGCACAAGGAACGGUUCUGAAUUCAGAUCCUAGUGAGGUAAUCACUAAGCCGGAUGCUCAAACGACUAGGUCAGACUCUGGAAAGGUGAAGGCGGAGACGAUACUGACGGAAACUAGCGUUACGGAAAUUAAUCUAAACGAAACUGAUCCAAUCAGCAAAUUGGAAUCUACUAAUAAUAUAAACCGGCCAAGGAAAUCGGUUCACUGGAACGAGGAAUUGGUAAAGGAAUCGCCGGCUCCUGUUGCCAGCGACUUAAACGGAGCUGCAGGAUCGAAUACUUACACUGAGGCUUCUCCUGCACCUUCUUACAGAGAUUCCAUCAAGAGUAAUGUUGCUUCUGCUAGAACUGUGCUUGGGAAAUGGGGAAAAAAUGUCAAAGAAGCAACAAAGAAAGCUGAAGACCUUGCUGGCAAUACAUGGCAACAUUUGAAAACAAGUCCGAGUUUAGCUGAAGCGGCCCUGGGAAGAAUAGCUCACGGAGCAAAGGUUCUGGCAGAAGGUGGUUAUGAGAAGAUCUUCAAACAAACAUUUGAAACUGCUACAGAGGAGGUUCUCCAAAAUUCAUUUGCAUGUUAUUUGUCGACUUCAGCUGGUCCAGUGAUGGGAGUCUUGUAUCUGUCUACUGCGAAGCUCGCGUUUUGCAGUGACACUCCCCUCUCAUAUAAAUCUGGGGACAAGACCGAAUGGUGCUAUUACAAGGUAGUUGUCCCACUUCACCAACUUAAAACGGUUAAUCCAUCAUUGAGCAGAACUACUCGUGCAGAAAGAUUUAUCCAGGUAAUCUCUGUUGACAAUCAUGAAUUUUGGUUCAUGGGUUUUCUCAACUAUGAUGGAGCUAUGCAGAGCCUUGUUGGUGCUCUACAAACCCACGAGUUGUCCUCUACUACCACCUGAUUUAUCUUGAUCAAUUAUUAAUAUGGUAGGUGUUGAUUAUAAACAUGUUCUUUGUUUACUUUGAAUCAUUCAUUAUGAAAUUGAAUUUAUUUAUUUUUUCCAGACUUAUAUAUAUAUAUUUUUUGUUGUGACC